AUGGACACCCAUAUCGACGCUAUCUUGGACUGUCCGAAAAUCACUCGAGAUAAUCGUGGCAAGUCGCUUUCAAUGCUAGUUGAGCUUUGCGGUAAACAUACCGAUGCCUUGAACGGCCAUGGAUACCCCGUCGAAGGAUUGGCAGAACUCAUACUGGUAAACGUGCUGUACAAAAAACUCGACAAAGAGACACAGGAGCAGUGGGAAACAAAGUUGGGUAGUGGCGAGCUCCCUGAAUUUGAUGAAUUCAUCGAUUUCUUGCGCGAGCGAGGUCGUGUACUGCAGCGGACGAAUCGGUCGCAGCAGCCAGCGGCACAUCAGGCAGCCCCUAAUAAGCGACAACCAAUGAAUCAGAAGUCACACGUACCUUCCAACUCGUUUGUACAGGUAGCAAAGGAGAUAUGCCCAUGUUGCAAAGCAGAGCACUCGAUCUAUCGCUGUGCCAAGUUUCAAGCUAUGCCCCUGCAUGAACGAAAAGCUUUUGUGGCCAAGGCAGUCCUGUGUUUCAAUUGCUUGAAGGCCAAACAUCGAGUCAGCAAAUGUCCGUCGGAGCAAGGUUGUAAAACGCAAGGUUGCGGUCGCAGGCACCACAGCAUGCUUCACAGCAAUGACACUCUCGGUGUGGCAAGUCCAGACAAGCACGCAAACAACGAAGAACAUGAAGCAGAAUCCGAUUUACAAUCUGAGAAGCAGCCGAAGGUUCCUGAACAGCGAAACAGUGCUACAACUCUUUGUGCUAACAUUGGUGGUGCCAGACAGCAAGUCGUUUUAUCGACGGCCCAAGUAUUGGUUACUGGAAAAGGCAAUUCGGUCGUGAAGUGUCGUGCUCUAUUGGAUUCUGGAUCCGACAGUAACAUUAUAAGUGAGAAAUUAGCAGAAAAGCUGCAAUUGAGGAUGGUUCUGGUAGACUUUCCUAUCAGCGGCUUGAACAACAUCGAAACACGAGUCAAGUAUCAAUUAGCAACAAAGUUCCGGUCCUGCACCAAUUCGUUUACCUCGGCCAUGCUUGAUUUUCUGGUCGUUCCACGAGUAACCUCAAAUCUUCCAGUUGCUGAGAUUGAUGCCCAAUUGUGGCCGAUUCCAUCCGGCCUGCGGUUCGCUGAUCCUAAGUUCCAUUCGCCAGGUGAAAUAGACAUGAUCAUCGGAAAUGAGGUAUUUUUUGACCUAAUAAAAAAGGGUCGAUUGAAGUUCGGCGUCGACGGUGUUACGUUAGCAGAAACGGAACUAGGUUGGGUCGUAGCAGGUUCGGUACCAAUCAAGAACACCCAGCAAUAUUCUCAGGUAUACCAGCUUAACCGCCAUGAAGAGAUGCUCAAUCAAACGAUGGCGAAGUUUUGGGAAUUGGAAAACGUUCACCCAGAGAAAACUACGACAACAGCUGAAAAUGUGGUUGAGAAUCAUUUCAAAACCACACACUACCGUGACGACUCCGGUCGAUAUGUAGUGCGACUGCCAUUCAAUGGCAUGGAAUGUCAACUUGGUGAUUCUUACGAUGCUGCUCGAAGACGCCUCAAUAAGCUAAUGAUUCAACUAGCAAAAAACCCAGUCAAACGUGAUGAGUACUACAAUUUUAUGUCCGAGUAUUUAGCCUUAGGUCAUAUGUCGGAGGCUAUUCAGUGCACGGAUGGUAGUGGCUACUACAUUCCCCACCAUGCCGUGUAUAAGGCGUCGAGUUCGACUACAAAAACAAGAGUGGUUUUCGAUGCGUCGGCAAAAACCACCACUGGUCUAUCCCUCAAUGACACGCUAUUGGUUGGGCCUACGGUGCAAAAUGACAUCGUCUCGAUCAUACUCCGAUUCUGCAUCCACCCGGUGGUGCUAACUGCCGACAUUUCAAAAAUGUACCGGCAAGUAAGGCUACAUAAGGAUGAUUGCAAAUUUCAACAAAUUCUAUGCUGGGAUAAUAACGGGCAGCUAAAAGUGUACGAACUGCAAACAGUCACAUAUGGCAUUGCUAGCUCACCUCAUCAUGCGACGAGAGUAUUAAUUCAACUGGCCACUGACGAAGGUGAAGAAUUUGAGCUAGGAAGAAAGGCUAUUACGGAAGAGAGUUACAUCGACGAUUUCUUGACUGGUGGCUCGUCGAUUGAAGAAGUCAUUCGUAUCUAUUCGGAAUUAUCAGAGCUGCUACGUCGUGGUGGCUUUGAAGUGCAUAAGUUUUGUUCAAACAGCAUUGACGUGUUGAAAGCCAUUCCUAAGGAACUACAAGAGAAACAAGUCAGCUUUGAUGAAUCUGGUAUAAACAACAGUAUCAAGACGUUGGGGUUGAUCUGGAACCCCCAGGAUGAUUACUUUAUGUUCCGUGUGGCUCCAGAGGAUUGCGGAGUGGUGCCGACUAAGCGCAAGGUGUUAUCGGAAAUCGGACAGCUUUUCGACCCGCUCGGUUUCUUGGGUCCGAUUAUUGUAUAUGCCAAAUUAGUAAUGCAGGACAUUUAG